GGGGAGUGGGAGCUGUGAGGACUUGGGGGCCUGUGUGAGCUCACUGAGCGAGCACCUGCCUUCUACUACCUUUGAGGAAGGGGAGCAGGGUCUAGAAAGGGUAACUUCACACUUCACACUUCCAGGCUUGGAAGGAUGCUCUGACUUUCAAACAAAGUAAUUUCAGAAGAAGUGCUAAGCAUCUUCUCCAGCCGUGGCCCGCACACACUCCUAUCUGGGACGAAAUCCUUUCUCCUUCCCUACUCCCUGACUAGUAAGGAAGGUGUUUGCUAGAAGGACUUCAGGAGCAGAGCACACUGGGGAAGCCGGCAGACACUCCCCGAGGGCAGAUGCAGCAAAGCCGAAAGAUAUUUCUGAGGACAAAGAAGGCAGUCUACCCUCAGAUCGUGGUACAAAGCGAAAAUUAUGUCUGUGAGCUGGAUCCUCCUCAAACACUCCACCUCCUCAGCCCUGUGUGCGACAGGGACUAGCAGGAGCCAGCGACCAUGACGAACACCGUCUUCUAACCCUUGCCCUACAUGUGCCCUUACACUUCUCUCCCCCCAGCCCGAGCCGCCCAGGGCUCCGUGGGCUCUGAGCCCGCUUCAUACCCUCAUCCCCACUGGAAAUGAAGGGCUUGGACGGGGUGAAUGGCUCAGAAACUCAGAGCACCCACCAAAGGCAUUAGAAUCACUCGGGGGUGGGGCGAGACAUACCUUUUUUUGUUUUGUUUUUUUAAGUACAGAUCUGUGAAUCCAAAUGUCAAAGAAAUAGAUAUAUUUUAAAGAAUCCUUAGACAUUGCCAAAAGAUAGCAGGUUCAAAAGCGCUGGACUAGAUAAAGCAUCUACCAUCCCAUUUAAGAUAACGGGAGUCUCCAUGUUUUACAUUCUUCAAUGACUACACACCUCUGUAACCCAGGAUUUCAGCUCUCAGAAACUCUGGAGGAACUCUCCAAAUCCCAAUCCAAACCCUGUCAGAGGCUCCAAAGGGCCCAGGAGUUCCGAGAAUAUUCUAGAGCACAAUCUCUCAUCUCCAGCAUGGACAAGGACUUCUGGCUUUAGCUAAAUGCUUGUUCUUUGCACUGAAUCUUCCGGCUGUUUCUUCACUUCCGCUCUGCGGUCAGUUAUGGGAGUUUGCUGAUUUGUAUGCACAAGAUCACUCAUCACCUAAGGCCUGUGGGGUGACCUUUACUGAGGGCUUUGGGGGGGUGGCAGGGGUGUUACUGCAGAAACACAAAACACUUUGGACUGAGUACCAGGCAAACCUGUCACCUGAGUCCUCUGGCCAGAGACAAGUUCUCCAGCAGCCCCGCCCUCUGCUUUUCCUCAUGUGGUGCCCACGGGACAGAACACGGUCACGCACAGUCAGCAGGUGUCGCCAUGAAGAGGUAGACAUGAACUGGAUGGGGAGGCACAGACAGGACUCAGACACGUGCGAGAGAAUCAGUGGUCAGAGGAGCAAGCACACAGGCAAAUGGGAGGACGGAAGAUGGCAAGGGAUGAAGAAAAUGCCUAUGGUCCCGAGGACCCGGACGACGCGCCGCCCGCGCACGAGCCCCAGCUCAGGCUCGUCCUGGCCGGCAAGACCGGCGCGGGCAAGAGCGCCACGGGCAACAGCAUCCUGGGCCACAGGCGCUUCCCGUCCAGGCUCGCGUCCACCCCGGUGACCAGGACCUGCGCCCUGGGGAGCCGCCGCUGGGCCCGCUGGCGCGUCGACGUCACCGACACCCCGGACCUCUUCAGCGCCGACGGCCGCCGCGCCGACCCGGACUGCGCCGAGCGGGGCCGCUGCUACCUGCUGUCGGCGCCCGGGCCGCACGCGCUGCUGCUGGUCACCCAGCUGGGCCGCUUCACCGCCCAGGACGAGCAGGCCGUGCGCGGCGUCCGCCAGCUCUUCGGGGCCGGCGUCCUGGCGCGGGCCGUGCUCGUCUUCACCCGCGGGGAGGACCUGGAGGGGGCCUCGCUGCACGACUACGUGCGCGACACCGACAACCGCGCGCUGCGGGCCCUGGUGGCCGAGUGCGGCGGCCGCGUGUGCGCCCUGAGCAACCGGGCCGCGGGCGCGGCGCGCGACGCGCAGGUGGAGGAGCUGCUGGUGCUGGUGGAGCGGCUGGCGCGCGAGCACGCGGGCGCGCCCUUCACCAACGCCGUGUACGGCCUGGCGGAGGCCCUGCGCCACGCGCCCCCCGACCUCCGGCUCCGGCGGGUGGCGCAGCGGCUGGCGGCCGGCGGCCCGGGGCAGGGGCGGCGCUGGCUGGAGGUGGCGCCGCGCGGGGGUUGGCGGGCGCUCUUGCUGCUCGGCGGCGCGCUGCUCCUCGGCCUGCUUCUCUGGCGCCUCAGACCCAAGGCCUUGCGGGAGGUCAGUCCCGACUGACGGUCCAAGGAGGACUUGGGCCCGUCGACUGAGGGUCACUUCGCCGCUCGUGCGGUGUGCCUUCGGGGCCCACAGGCUCUUCUUUCCUCCUUUCCUGGCGGGGAUCAGCUAGGCAGCGUCCCGCCAGGGCCGGGCUCCCGCAAAACCUUCCCCUGGGACGUGGCCCUCCCAGGAGCUGCCCUUCCAAGAACUGGGAGCCUGGACUGAAAGGCACGAAGUACGUGGCGCCGAGGGGGAGGAAAAGCUCUUUCCCGCAUGCUCAGCUCCGAAACACCACACCUCCUACAACCAUCCCCUUGGGCACUGAGUUUUCAACACAUGAAACAUACUGGGGGCACACCAACCGACCGAAGCAGACACGACCCUCCCUCCUCCCUAUCUGGUUCUUACAUACGGCUACAUGUCCGCCUUUGGGGUCCUUCUGGGUUUUAUUAUUCUCUGUGAAAGAGAUGUCAGGUUCAUGCAUGUUAAUAUUUACUUCUGAUUAAUCAGUCUAUUUACUUUACAAUAAUUUACUGCCAAAAAGACAAAUGUAACUAUACUGAAAAUAAUAUUUCCCAAUUUUCCAGUAGUGAUUGUGGUUCCCGUCUCACCAAAGUGAAGUACACAUUUGGGUAGUGUCUUCAAUGUGGGUAUUGAUCUGGACUUUUAUGCAAACAAAACAAAACAAAACAAAACAACCCAGGCUCUUCUCAGGCAAUGGAAAGGAGCGGGAGCUGCGGGCCCACCCGCACAAGGCCUCAGAGCAUCUGAAAUUAGGAGGGUAUGCUGGUCCUGUAGAGUUUUUGGGGGUGGGCCAGCCCAGGAAAGUGCUUGUACGCCACAUCAUUAGAAAAUCAGAUGCCAUCCUUGGGUUGUGUCACCAACUGAUAGGAUUUCCUUAUUUCUAUUUCAGAAUGUGACAAAACACUUUAGAGGAAGUCCUUCUCUUUAAAUCAGCCAAGCUCUAGUCCAGAUUGGACGCCAGAGGAGACACCUCCUCACCUGGCCCAGGGUUCAGGGGUGGGGAAAGAAGGAGGUUGUGAGAGGGGCCCUAGAGCCAUCCCAGCUCCACCUGGAGAAGCAGGGGCCUACACACCACACCUGUGCUCAGAUGCCCCUGGUUAAUGGGGUAGCAGGAUAGACAUCGGGGUGAGCUGCGGUCAUGGGGCCUCAGGCCCCUGUGGCAGUGAGCUGGGCUCUAUGAUGCGUGGCUGGGCAAAAUUCUAUUAGUGAUCCCCCUCUUUAGCAUCCUCAGCAGCCCCGCCAGGUUCACACAGGGGCUCUGAGCUAGGGAUUCAAACAAGCUCUAACAAGAUGAAGGAGCAACUUGGCAACCCAAGGGGCAGCAGGGAAGGGGCUGGGGUUGAGGGGAUGGCCGGCAUCCCCAGCUUGGCCUUCCGGGGCCGCAUGUGCAUGAGCUCCCACUAUUGGCCAAGGCUGCUGCCCCUCUUGAUAGGGGGUUCCCAAUAAGGAAUAUUUGCUUUCUUCAAAGCCAGCAGGAGAAGCUCUUGCUUUUCAAACUUUUUUGAUUAGGUCAGGCCCACCUGGUAUAAUCCCCCUUUGACUAACCUAAAACCAGCAUUUAGGGACCUUAAUUCCAUGGCAGAGUCCCUUCACCUUUGCCAUGGGAAGUGGCCUCCAUCCUAUUCACAGGUCUGCCCAUGCUCAAGGGAAGGGAAUAGUCCAGGACAUGUACACCAGGAACAAAGGGAGCUUGGGGCCCAUCUCAGAAUUCUGUCUACCACAACCAUAUAGAUAGGUUAAAAGUCAAAGGAUGGGUAAAGAAAAUACCAUGAAAACACUAAUGAAAAGAAAGCUGAAUCACUAUAUUAAUAGAAAAAUAGGUUACAAACAAGGAAUAUUAGCAAAGAAAAGCACGCCCGGCUGGCUCAGUCAGUUAAGCAACUGACUCUUAGUUUCAGCUCAGGUCGUGAUCUCAGGGUUGUGAGAUGGAGCCCCACAUUGGGCUCUGACUCAGCAUGAAAUCUGCUUGAGAUUCUCUCUCCCUCUGCCCCACUUGCUCAUUAUCUGUCUCUCUCUCUCUCGAAUAAAUAAAUAAAUUUUUCUUUAAGAAAAAGAUACAGACAUUACAGGAAGAUAAAUAUGUCAACUUACUAGGAAGACUUCCUAAUCCUAAAAAUGUGUGCACCUAAAACUUCUUCAAAAUACAUGAAGCAAAAUCUAAACAAAUCAAAAGGAUAGAUAAAUCCAAAAGUAUACUUGGAGACUUUAACCUCCUUUCUUAGUAUUCAGUAAAACACAUAGACAGAAAAUCAGUAAGAAUACAGGAGGCAUAAAGCUGGACACUUUCCCCUUAAGGUCAGGAAAGGCCAGGAUGUCCACCCUGAUCACUCCAGUUCAACAUCCCAUUGGACAUCCAGCCAGUGAAAUGAGGCAAGGAAAACAACAACAACAACAACAACCAAAAACACAAGUCAUAAAAAGUGGAAAGGAAAUAAUAAAGCUCUCUUUAUUCAGAGAUGACAUGAUUAUUUAUGCAGAAAAUCCCAAAAAGGGAAAAAAUAUUCCAGAACUAAUAAAUUAGCUUAGCAAGGUAGGAGAAUGCAAGGUCAACAUGCAAGGAUCG